UGUGUGUGUGGGGGGGUGUUAAUAAUAAAGUUUAAAAUGACACUAAAAGAGUAAUAGUAGGCUGUAAAAAAAAAAGAAGAAAAAAGAGGCGGACUAAAAAAAACAAAACAAAAAAACAAAAAAGGGGCAGUGCCGCGUCUCGCGGUGUGGGUGGGGCUGACAAGAAUGGACUACAUUAUGCAGUUCAUUUAGUUAACAAGUGAAAUAAUAGGGAAGCGUGCAGUGUGAAAGCUCAGAGAAAAGGCACAAAACCCUAUUGAGAGAGAGAGAGAGAGAGAGAGAGAGAGAGAGAGAGAGACGGAUGCGUGGUCUGGAACUUAUUUAAGAGCCUCGGUGUUUCUCUGCAGCAUCACUCUGCUGUCCAUCACAGGAGAGACUGGAGCUGUUUUUUGAAAACUUUCUGCAUUCAACCCGCGUGCAGAAAGAAACUUUUUUUUGCGCAUUUCUUUCCUCCUCGCCUUUAAAGAAGAAGAAGAAUAUAAAGAAGAUGCCUCGGUCAUUUCUUGUGGAUUCGUUGAUUUUGCGUGAGGCCAACGAGAAAGGCAGUGAGAACAACCCGCCGCCGUCGCUGCUGCCGUACACGGUACACCCGCAGCACGCGCUCCACGGACUGUCGGCGGCGGCGGCGGCUGCAGCCGCGUCGUGCCACGCGCGCAAAGCCGGCCUGCUGUGCUUCUGUCCGCUGUGCAUGGCGGCCGCGGCGUCGCAGCAGCUCCAUCCGGCUCCCCCGGCGCUCCCGCUGCUCAAGGCGGCGGCCGCUGCGGCCUCGUUCCCUGCGGCUUUUGGCUCGCAGUGCUGCCCUUCCGCGCUCUCGCGGCAACACUCGCCCUCCAGCGGCGUGCACGUGAACCACGGCGCGGGACUUUACCAGAGCGCGUACCCGGUCGCGGACCCGCGGCAGUUCCACUGCAUGACGCUCGAAAACAGCAACAGCCAACUCCAGAGCAGCAAGCGCAUGCGCACGGCGUUCACCAGCACGCAGCUCCUGGAGCUCGAACGCGAGUUCACCUCCAACAUGUACCUGUCCCGACUGCGGCGCAUCGAGAUCGCCACCUACCUGAACCUGUCCGAGAAACAGGUCAAGAUCUGGUUCCAAAACCGACGCGUCAAGCACAAGAAAGAAGGCAAGGGGGGUUCCCACAGAACAGGUUCUCUGCACUGCAAGUGUUCUUCCGCACGCUGCUCUGAGGAAGAGGACGACACGCCCAUGUCACCUUCAUCAUCAGGGAAGGAGGACGCUGAUCUCUCUGUUAGCCCGUGAACUCUCAGUAAACACACAGGGAUCACUCCAUAGCACUUCACCUGCAAUAGCUCUUUGAUUAGCCCAAUCAGGUGCUAGUUUUUGGGGGUUGGAGCUCAACUUGGAGCUGGAG